AUGGCCGUCAGCACAGCCUUAGUCAAAGAGAAAGAGAAGGUGCAGAAGCCCAUGUAUUACGUAAGUCGAGCACUCCGAGGUACAGAAGAAAGAUACCCACCAAUGGAGAAGCUCACCUUCGCUUUAGUUACAACAGCCCGUAAGCUCAAGUCAUACUUCCAAGCCCACACGUACCGCCCACGUACUGCCAUCAAAGGCCAGGUGGUCGCUGAGUUCAUCACGGAAUUCACUAAUGUAGAAUACCAGGUGGCAGGAGAGUAUCCUCAGUUGAGCGUACACACAGAAGGAUCGUCCAAUAGAUGGGCUAGCGAGGAAGGCAUCAUACUUCGCUCUCUAGAAGGUGACGAGAUUGAAUGCAUGGUUCAUCUUGACUUCCCUACGACCAACAAUGAGGCGAAAUACGAAGCACUAGUAGCAGGUUUAGAUCUCGCCAAAGCAGCAGGAGCCGCGAGUGUGGUUAUUUAUUGUGACUCCCAGGUCGUCACAAACCAAGUAAAUGACAAUUACGAGUGCAAAAGCGAGAAGAUGAAGAAAUACUUGGAGCAAACAAAGAAAAUGGUAGAUGACCUACAGGCCAAGAUUGUUCAAAUCCCCAAAGAAGAGAACGAGCGAGCCGACCGUCUUGCCAGGGCCGCAUCAGUAGAGCACGUGGUCAUUCCCGACAAGGUACUCUCCUUUAUUCAAUUUACGCCAUUGAUAGAUGUCAUCAAUGUGCAGGAAAUAGGUUCCAAGAACGAUUGGACCACCCCUGUAGUCUCCUAUUUGAAAGACAGCACGUUACCCGAUGGUAAGGAAGCCGCAAGGAAGUUGAAGGUCCAACCAGCACGAUUCGUUCUGAUAAAGGACGUAUUGUACAAGAGAGGCUUCUCCCGCCUAUACCUAAGGUGUUUGAGUCUUAAGGAAGCAAAUUAUGCCAUGAGAGAAGUCUACGAAGGAAUCUGCGGGAACCACUCAAGAUCACGGUCAUUAGUACACAAACUAAUUCGAGCCAGAUACUACUGGCCCACCAUGCAGAAGGACGUCCAGGCUUAUGUCAAAGCCUACAACAAAUACCAAAGGUUUAGCACCGCCAUCAAACAUCGUCAGAAGAAUUAA